UGGUAGUCAGACGAGGGAAAGUUCAAACAAAACAGCACCAACUUUUCCAUAAAACUGCAAUAUAGUAUGUCAUAUAAUGGCUCCACCACUGUCGUUAUUAGACACAUGGGUCCAGGAAAACAACGAGUUGGUGAACAAGUGUAAGCAAAAAGGAGAACAAGAUGCCGUGAGCCGAGACUGCAGCCAGCCCCCUUUGAAGUGGUUCUCCUUUGAGUUCCACAAACUUUUAAGGAAAAUACAAGGUAUUCCUCCUAAUGCAGAUCACACACAGUUGGAGCUGGCGGUGGUGUUUAAUGCCGGUGUUUGCUCUGCUGCUCAGUCGCAGGUCUCUGAAGCUGAGUUGUUCCUCGCACAAGCCACAGAGAGAGUGUUACAGAUGACAGGAGGUGAUGCUGGUGCUUCAGACCCUCUAGUGCGCUGGAGAACGGUUCUUAAUUCAGUGGGAGACACAGCUUUGCACCCUUCUGUCUUGUACCUUCUCUGUCUGCAGUGGGCAAUAUGGCUGGCCACCUGUCAGCUGAAAACUAUACAGGAAUUUCAGGAGAUGUCUGCUCUGUUUGACACACUGUGUGGUGGAAUAGGAGAUGGCAGUGUCAGCGAGGCAAGGCCAAAGUCCUCAAACAUUCCACUACUGGUGAUGGACCCAAGAAGGCUUAUUGAGUUAUUGCAGAUCUGCACGUCCAUUGCACUAGGUGCAGAGAGGCUGAACGAGGGUCGGAGUUCAGAAGCGCUGUCAAGUCUGCAGGCAGCCUCGGCCCUGCCAGCUCCCAGAGCUCUAGUAGCGUACACACACCUCCUCUCAGGCUCCUGCCUCACCCAUAUGAGACGCCCUCAGAUGGCAUUGCAGUGUUACAGAAAGGCACUUGAGACAGACUCCCGUUGUGUGUGUGCUCUCUACCAGAGCAUGCUCAUUUACAGACAGCUGGGAAACACACAGGCUGAGAUACAAGCUCUUCGCUUGCUGCACUCAACUUUGAUGCUGCCCUCUGCUAUAGAGCCUGCUCUGGGCAGCACCCAUCUCCUCUCUCCGUCCUUACUCCUGCGCAGCCAAUCGCUGAGCAGCCUGCUCUCCGUCCCGUCUGCCCUCACCGUCCUUCACAGUCUGGCCCUCAAAUGUGUGCUCUAUGGCAGAGUGUCAGAGGGUGUUGAACAUUAUCUGGACCUGCUGGCAGUUGUACACUCAGAAGAUCAACAAGGACUGCACACUGAGGAUGCUACCCUCCCAAAGUUACCUGAGCUUUAUCUGGAGGCUGGCGCUGCCUUGCUCAUGGCCCGGCGGCCUGCAGACUGUUUGGCGCUCUGCAAUGAAGUCAACAGCACAACACUGGAACUGCUGCCAGAGAAAGUGGUGUUGGAAGAGCCAGAGGAGAGACGUGAGGCUGAGACCAGGGACAUGGAGGGUGAAAAUAGUUUGGCGAUGGUGCUUUGGACCGCAGCUGCCUACCUCCUCCAGGGUCACUGCCAUUCUCACCUGAAGGACUGGAAACAAGCUGUGACUCACUACACAAGGUGUAUCAACCUGCUGGUGAAGGUACGCUUUAAAAAGAGAGAUUUCCAACCACAGAUCCCCGGUGCAGACAUGGAUGUCAAACGAGGCAAAGAUCUAUGUGUCCUUGAAAGGCUGAAGGGACUUUCACUAGCUGGUAGGGGCAUCUGCUUCAUCCAGAUAGACAAGCUAAAAGAGGCACUGAGAGACCUCCAGCUCGGCCUGCAGACCUUUCCAGAGUGUGUGGGUGCAGGGCUGUGGUGUGGUGAGGUGCUGUGGAGGCUCAGGAGGAGGCGGGAGGCAGCAGCUUGUUGGGAAAAGACCUGGAGCUUGACCACUCAGUCCUUAGACAAGAGUCUACCUGUGUACCUUCAGGAACCUCAGUCUGGCCCUUUGUUGGACUCUACAGAGCUGCGCCACAGAAUACAGGAACUUGGUCCUACCUAGUCAGCCUGGAGACAAAAGGAGAAUGCCCUGUCACCUAGCGAAUCGGAUCGACUUUCUCUGGCCUGUGAAAUGAAACCCAUACCCACAACAAACAUGCAUGAAGUGGGACAGUAAAAUAGAGCAUGCUGUCUGAGUUAACAGUGUUUGAAACUGAGAAUGGACACUCCUGACAUGUGGUUUAUGCAUGAAAUGAUGAUGUGAGGGUCGGAACUGGCUUUUAGGAAGGAAAAGUGUAUGUUAGUCUGGAAGAGUGAUGAAGACUGUUACUUUAAUAUUUGAUAAUACUUGUAAAUAUCAAGCACAGUGCUUACUACUGCAAUAAACUGUGUUGCUGCUUUAAAAUGUGUGUUUAUGCAGCUUGUUGUAAGGAUAUCAUCCACAAAUAAACAUUAGGAUUCGUUUGCA